CCUGGGAGCUUCUUUUCAAUGCAACGUGUUAAAUAUGCAUGGAACAUAAAGAUAUAGAAACAGAAGCAUUGACAGACAGGGAAAAGAGAACGGUGAAAUCAAUCUAACAAUGCAACAAUCAAAGAUGAUGGACUUCAAGAAAUUGGAGGAUGUAAUGAAGCAGCCAGAAGGUUUUAGCUUGGUGGAUAAAAAGGAGAAUCUAGUUUCCAACUUCAUGGCUGAUCAAAAACACCACCAAAUUGAUUCUGGCAGUGCCCUUCAAAUGUUUCUUGAUCACAUCCCCAUUAGUUCUAUCCCUGGCAUAAAAAGUUCUCCUGUUGUGGAAUUGAAAAUUGAGGAUAGAGUAAAAGAUGCGAUACAUUUGUUGUAUGAGAAGAAUGUGUCUGGUGCUCCUAUAGCUGAUGUUGUAGAUCCUGAUACCAUUAUUGGAAGGUUUUCGGAUCAGUAUGUGGGGUACAUAGAUUUAGCUGGCAUGGUUCUUUGGGCUCUUGAGGAAUGUGAAAAGGCUUAUAUGCAAACCAGAGGGACUGACGGUGAUGAGAAUGGAAAAAGUAGCAUGUUCACCAUGCUUGAAGAUAAUCCUCAAAUUGGACAAACUAAGGUUGGGGAGUUAGCCAAGUCAUACCUUUGGGAUCCAUUUUUCCCUGUACACUUGGAUGACACACUAUUUCACGUUCUGCUGCUUCUCUCCAACCACCACCGGCUGCAAGUUGUACCUGUCAUAGAGAGGUCCAACUUUCAGGGUAUUGGUUUUGUAACACAGAAUGCAGUGAUACAGUUGUUGCUUCAAUCAAGUGGGCUAGAAUGGUUUGAUAGCAUUGCAGACAAGGCUUUAUCUGAGUUUCGUUUUGGAAACGAAGAGCGUGUUGAUCUUGUAUACGGAGAUCGAAGCUUGGCAGAAGCUCUUCAUAUUUUGCGAGAAAGCCGAAUUGGCGUAGUUGCUGUUGUGAAUCGUGAAAAUAAGAAGGUUAUCGGUUGCAUAAGGAACAGUGAUGUUUAUCUUUUGUUAGAGAAUAACGAAAUACUUGGUGACAGAAAGCUAACUGCUGGGGAGUUCAUUCACACAGAAACUGCAAAAGAAAACUCUGAUGGCACCUUUGAAAGGGACCUGGGGGCACUAUUCGCAGCCGGAGCUCUUCAAUUAAGAAACAACUUCCUUACGAAAAUGGACUCACCAGUUACUACCAAAAAGAGCAACACUCUCAAGCAAGCCAUGAAAGACUUGGCGGAGACCAAAGGCUGUUUUUGCUUUCUAGUAAAUGAUGCACAGCAGCCAGCAGGUUUGCUGACAUUGAGAGACGUCAUCAUUCAAUUUGCCCCACCAUGUAUAGAUUCGAAUAUUCAUGGAGGUGGUUUCUUUGAAUCUGCUCUAGAACAGACAGGGUGCCAAGUUAAGAAUGGAACUGUCAUUUGUGAUCAUUGAAUUCCCUGAUGCUGACACUGCCGGCUUUUGGCCAUUGGAUAUUAUAUCGAUUCCAAGCUUCAGGUCCAGGCAAGAUAUGGUGCUUACUAUAAAAGCUACAUCAUAACUGGCAGUGAGGAAAACAUCUACAUAAUUCCCUAGCUUUAAUUUUUGUUUGCACGUAAAACAUGAACAAAAACCUCUCCCAUGUUCAUGCCAAGUAUUAUAGACUAGUAUAAAGCAAUGAAUUUCGAAUUUUUUUUUA